AUGUUGGCGUGCGACGCGAGUCAUAGGUCGGCGCAGGCACGUGUGUUUGACAAUGCUACUGGCAGCGCGCAAUCACUCUGCGAAGGGACGUGUGUCUUUCGGCCGCAUCGCGCUACUCAAAAUUUUACUCUAACUGUACUUACUGCAAUACAUUCUAAAAAUUUGCAAGCGAAAGUGGAGCGCUUCGCGUUAUGCUUGCAUUCUUGUCUUUGUAGUAGAGUCGUUCCAUUCAUGGAGAUAACGGCUUGCGCCAAGGCGACAACGGGAAACAAUUACGCUAUUACAAAAGGUCUUAAGGAUUCUAAUUACGAGAGGAUCCUUUCAUCCGUAAACCCGGAUCGGAUACGAAGCCGUCCCAUUAUCGCGUGCCAUAAACAUUUCUGGAUUUCAUAUCCGCGGCACGGCUGGGACCGCCUCGCUUAUUACCUCCGCGCGGAAAAGAAUAACAUCGUUUUGGCACUUUUGACGGGAAUUCCGGAUGCCUACGUUCAUAUUGUGCGCCGUUAA